CCCCGCCCGCCGCCAACAGCGGGAACCACAGGAGCCGCCAGACCGCCGCCAUCUCCGAGCACCGCCUCACGUGACCGCCUCCACGUGACAUCACACCACACGUGACCGGCGGAAGAUGGCGGUCUGCGUGGCCGUGAUCGCCAAGGAGAAUUAUCCCUUGUACAUCAAGACAGUCCCAACGGAGAAUGAGCUGAAGUUUCACUAUACAGUGCACACUUCGCUGGAUGUUGUGGAGGAGAAGAUUUCAGCAGUGGGGAAGGCGUUGGUGGAUCAAAGGGAGCUAUACUUGGGGCUGCUUUACCCCACUGAGGAUUACAAAGUGUAUGGCUACGUCACCAACACUAAAGUGAAAUUUGUUAUCGUAGUGGAUUCUUCCAAUAUCGCACUGAGGGACAAUGAAAUCCGUAGUAUGUUCAGGAAGUUGCACAAUUCCUACACUGAUGUGAUGUGCAAUCCGUUCUACAACCCAGGAGAGGUGAUUCAGUCCAAGGUCUUUGACAACAUGGUUUCGGGCAUGAUGGUCCAGGUGUGCUGAGGCUUUGACUUGGAGUUCCUGCUGUCCUCUGGGCCUGUGGUGCUCACCGGUCUAUCUGUUCAACCUACAGGACUAAUUUAAACCCAAUGCCACCUGCAUUUUAUAGACACUUUUUCAACUCCUCAAGGGUUAUCACUCACGUAUACGUAAUGCCUAAUGCUCUUGAACAUCACAACGUGAUCACAAUGAGUAAGAUCUCCAGGCUGAGUUCAGUUUGAAGCUUAAUAACCUGGCCCCAUCUUUCGUUUCUAAACACCCUGUUUCAACGGUUUGUUUGUACAUGGUAGAUGGCAAGUUCCAUGAAAGUGAUGCUAUUGUACUGCACACUCUCUCCAUUCGCAGCAGCUGAACCUGUCACACCACUGAUAAAACCUGGUAUCCAAAGCAAGAUUCUUGGGUCCUUGUUGUCGAGCUGAAACCUUGCUGUUCUCUUUGUAUGUGUCUGUGUAAGUGGGAGUUUCGAUAUAAUUGGUCCAGUUGCAUCAAUGCUCAGGAGUUUUUAACUAAAUUUCCUCAUUUGCUGGUCUGUGCCAUCGCUGUAUCCAUCUUUCUCAUAGGGGAAUCCAUAAAUUGAAGAUCUCCAAUAUUGGAAGUAUCACAAUAUUUGGAUUUUGAGGUUUCUCUAUGCAGUUGGCCCCAUGUUAGAUAGUGGAACUUAUUUGAAUGUAUAUGUUUUGCCCUUUGUUGUUGAAUUGUAAAUAUAAUUUCAACCUCAA